CCUCUCUGCCGAAUUCCAAGCUCGAGCCCUAUUUUGGAGCUAAGCCAGUUGGAGCAGGAAGCAUUUCCCUCCAGGAGCGGGUGAGAGGCACUGAGCGAGAAUUAAGUAGUUCUCGGUUGCAUUGGUGGUGAUGCUGAGCGCAGAAGCCAAUAUGCCAGUGUCAAGAAUGCGCAUGAGGCCCUGGUUAGAAAUGCAGAUUGAUUCCAAUCAAAUACCAGGACUGAUAUGGAUUAACAAGGAUAAGAGGAUAUUUCAAAUCCCAUGGAAACAUGCAGCUAAGCAUGGCUGGGACAUGGAGAAGGAUGCCUGCCUUUUCCGGAGUUGGGCCAUUCAUACAGGAAGGUAUAAAGAAGGUGAGAAAGAUCCUGAUCCAAAAACCUGGAAGGCAAAUUUCCGCUGUGCCAUGAAUUCCCUGCCUGACAUUGAAGAAGUGAAGGAUAAAAGCAUCAACAGGGGCUCCAGUGCUGUCAGGGUUUACAGGAUGCUGCCACCCUUGACGAAGCAUCAGAAGAAAGAAAGGAAGUCAAAGUCUUCAAGAGAAGUAAGAAACAGGAGCAAGAGAAAGUGUUAUGAAGAGACAAGGCUGAAAGAGUCAGCAGAAAGCUUAACCAACACUCCUUUGCCAGAUGACCACAGUGGCUACACCAUUCAUAACUAUGCAGGGCAGGAAGUGGAGGUGGAGAGCACAGCCAUCACCUUAGACCUGUCCUCCUGCAAGGUGAGCGGCUCCCUGACUGAUUGGAGGCCAGCAAUGGAAGUCACCAUGGCUGACAGCACCAACGACCUCUACCAGCUCCAGGUGUCUCCCCUGGCUUCAUCCUCUGAAGUCACAGAUGAAGAUGAAGAGGAAAUAAAUCCAGAUAUUUUUAAGCUGCUUGGACCAGCCCAAGACUGGCACAACACUAGCAUUGGGGGCAAAGGCUUUCUCACCAACGAAUCAGGCAGCCAGACCCUGUGCAGCACCUACAGCUACAAGGAGCAGGACAUGGACAUUGACACAACGUCAGGAGAGGUGGAUUUCAGGUUCUUUGACCAGAAAAGCAGUCUAGACUUCUCCUGGCUGGAUACAGUGAGGCCAACUAUGCAAGUGAUUCCCUGUGGAUUGUAAACCCUUGACUUCCUCCAACCACAAACUGCUCUUGGAUAGAAACUUCAACAAUCUUGGAAAGAAUGGAAGAAAAUUUUUGUUACUGACUCAAGGAAGAAAGUAGCUUUUCUGUUUGGUUUCAGUUGUAGCCUGGAAAGGUUAGCAUGAAAAACACCAUUUUCAGUGUAUAAAAGGAACCCCACCUCACUAGUAGGACUCUGGCACUGCAGGUGCUCAUCUGCAGCUCCCACCUUAUUGCUCUGGAGGUGAAGCUUUUGCUGGAAGGUGUUGCUGUACCAUGGAGUCUGACCUGGUGGGGUACCACAAGCCUAGGGAGCAGGUUACCAUCCUCCCCAUGUGUGGCAUGAUGAGCACUUUACCCACAGAGUACUUAGAGGAGACACUGCAGAUAAGUCUCUGACCUGUUAGUUUUGGUUGCUGCUUACCUGUGCAACACUGGUGACAUUGAGCUUAACAACUGUCAUUACACUUCCGCAGAAAAAUUGUCCUAAUGGGCUGUCUCUUCUUUGAUUUACUCUAUCAUAUAGUUCAUCUUUCAGACCUUUCAGACUCUGUACAUAGACCAUUUAAAUGUGAAAAUCUGAUUUAGGCUUUGCUUCCACCUUGUCUGUUCCCCAGGUGCACUCAUAGGAUGCUCUCUGCCAUAGGCAUGCCCUAUCCCUUUCCUCAUAGGAGUUCAAGAGCUGCUGCAUGAAACAAUUUUGCACUGAUAGGGGCAGAGCUCUUUAUUUUUACUAUGUCUUUAGCAAAUUCCUUCUGGCACUCUGUGGGGAUUCCUCCAGUACUUCACACAAGCUGUAACAUCCCACGGAUGCUCUGGAUCAGCAUGUGCUGGAUGGAAUUGGUUCCAGUGUGUGUGUGUGUGUGUGUGUGUGUGUGUGUGUGUGUGUGUGUGUGUGUGUGUGUGUGUGUGUAAUAGAUAGGAAUCAAAUCACUAAGCUGUAAUGGGCUAUUUUCUUGUACAUUUUAUUUUUGUAUAUAAAGUGUUGUAUAUUUGUUUUAAUAAAACGUUUUAU